CCCACGUGAAUGGCAUAUUGCUAGGAAGCUGGCCAAAAGCUGUGUUGAGUUUUGUGUUAAAAUGUAACUAUUUUAUAGAUAUGCAACUACCUCCAUAAAUCACUCAAUAAACGCGGCAAUGUAGAAGCUCUACAUAUUUGAUAAGAAAUACUUGUACACACACCUCCAUAGAAGUUAACUGCAGAAAAGAAAACGCAUUCCAUCUGGCUUGGUUAAAGUAAUUAUGGAUACAUGAACUAAAAGUUCUGCACUGACUGGAAAGUAACGGGAACGGCGAUUGGGGGCAGGAGCCGAAAGUCAAACAUGUCAACGAACCCCAACCAACACCAACAUCAGCACCAAAUGCAACAGCAACAGCAACAACAGCAUGCAACAACUGCAGCCGCAUGCAAUCGGGAGCGGGUGAGAGCGAGAGCUGGCAGCAGCUCGCAACGCAACUUGCUCGAGUUCCUCUGCAUUUGUGUGGCCUGUGUGGUCUGCUAUUACAAUAGCACGCAGUGCGGUCUGGUGUUUGACGACAUCAGCGCGAUAAGGGACAACAAGGAUUUGCGGCCGAGCACGCCGCUGCGUAAUGUGUUCCUCAACGAUUUCUGGGGCACGCCGAUGCGCAAGGAGCAGUCCCACAAGUCGUACAGGCCGCUAACCGUGCUGACGUUCCGCUUUAACUACUUGCUGCAUGCACUGGAGCCGUUCGGCUAUCAUCUCGUCAACCUGCUGCUGCACAUUGCAGUCUGCCUGCUGUGGCGUCGUGUCUGCCGCCUCAUAUUGCGCCAGUGUGCAGCUGGCAGUAAUGAAGCGUCGUCCGCUGCAUCCACCACGUCCGGGACCUCGUCGUCGUCCUCCCUCAACACAUGCGCCUUUGUCGCCUCGCUCCUGUUCGCCACACACCCGGUGCACACCGAGGCCGUUACUGGCGUCGUAGGCCGCGCUGAAUUGCUCUCUUCCAUAUGCUACCUGGGCGCCUUUCUCAGCUAUGCGCACGCAACGAGUGGCUCGCCGCGACGCACGAAUUGGCCGGCGCUUUGCCUUUGCUUCGGCAGUUGCCUCCUGGCCUCCAUGCUGUGCAAAGAGCAGGGCAUCACGGUCGCUGGCAUUUGUGCAGUUUACGAGCUGUUCGUGGUGCAGCAGCAACGCCCCCUGCAGCUGUGGCACUUUGUGCUGCGUAUGUUUGAGGAGCAACCGCCGACUAAGGCGGGCCAUGCUAACGCCAGACGCUGGUCGUCCACAUUGUGGAAGCGCUUGGCCUUUCUGGUCGUUAUCACAGUCGCAUUGCUGGUCGGACGCGUCUAUGUGAUGGGCUCCCAGUUGCCCAUCUUCACGCGCUUCGACAAUCCCGCCUCGGCAGCCGAGACGCCGGUGCGCCAACUGACCUACGCCUACCUCAUCUAUCUAAACUGCUGGCUCUUGCUAUGCCCAUCGCUGCUCUGCUGCGACUGGACAAUGGGCACCGUGCCCUUGCUGGACGGAUUUGGUGAUGCACGAAACUUGGCCACCUUGUGCACCUUUCUGGCUUUGGGCGCGCUGGUGGCAAAGGCCUGCUUCUCCCGCAAUCUAGCCCAGUCACGCACACUGCUCAUGUGCCUAGGCUGGAUGGUGCUGCCGUUUCUGCCCGCUUCGAAUUUGUUCUUUCCGGUUGGCUUUGUGGUAGCCGAGCGCAUUUUAUAUAUGCCGUCCAUGGGCUACUGUCUGCUUGUUGCUUAUGGCUAUCAUCAGUUCCAGCGGCGCUUUCGCGCCACUCACUGGGGGCGUCUGGCGCAGGCGGCACUUGUUGCCCUGCUGCUGGCGCAUGGUCUGAAGACACAGCAGCGCAACUGGGAUUGGCGCACAGAGUACUCGCUGUUCAUGUCCGGCGUGCAUGUGAAUCAACGCAAUGCCAAACUGUACAACAACGUGGGUCACGCCCUCGAGAACGAGGGACGAUACGAUGAGGCGUUGCUCUACUUUCAGCAAGCCGUGCAAAUACAAACAGAUGACAUUGGCGCCCACAUCAAUGUCGGCCGCACCUACAACAACCUGAAGCGCUACGCGGAGGCAGAGCAGGCGUAUAUGCGCGCCAAGGCGCUGUUCCCACAGGCCAAGGCUGGCGUUAGCUACCAUGCACGAAUUGCGCCCAAUCAUCUGAAUGUUUUCAUUAAUCUGGCCAAUCUGAUAUCGAAGAAUCAAACAAGGCUGGAGGAGGCCGAUCAUCUCUACCGUCAGGCAAUCAGCAUGCGCAGUGAUUAUGUGCAGGCCUAUAUAAAUCGUGGCGACAUUCUCAUGAAACUGAAUCGUACGGCUCAAGCGCAGGAGGUCUAUGAGCAGGCGCUUCUGUAUGACAGUGAAAAUGCUGAUAUAUAUUACAAUUUGGGCGUCGUGUUUCUGGAGCAGGGCAAGAGUCAGCAGGCGCAUGUGUACUUCAACAAGGCCAUCGAAUUGUAUCCGGAGCACGAGCAGGCGCUGCUUAAUUCGGCCAUACUUCUGCAAGAGCUGGGCGGCGAGGAGGCGCGUCAGUUAUCGCGCGCCCGCCUCUACAAGCUUCUGUCCAAGGAUGCCAAUAAUGAGAAGGUCUACUUCAAUCUGGGCAUGUUGGCCAUGGACGAGUCCAGCUUUGACGAAGCCGAGCAGUUCUUCAAGCGCGCAAUACACCUCAAAUCGGACUUUCGCAGCGCCCUCUUUAAUCUCGCAUUGUUGCUGGCCGACUCGAAGCGACCGCUGGAUGCGGUUCCGUUUCUCAAUCAAUUGAUACGCCAUCAUCCCACGCAUGUCAAGGGCCUCAUCUUGCUUGGCGACAUCUACAUCAAUCACAUGAAGGAUCUGGAUGCGGCAGAGAAGUGCUAUCGCAGCAUACUACAGCACGAUCCGCACAAUACGCAGGGCCUGCACAAUCUCUGCGUGGUUUUCGUGGAGCGCAAAUGGAUGGCCAAGGCUGCUGCUUGCCUGCAGUUUGCUCAGCGACUGGCGCCCAGUGAAGAUUACAUCGGGCGUCAUCUGCAGAUUGUAAUCACACGCCUGCAGAAAAUUAACAAGUUACCUGAAACGUCGCCUGAGCGACAGUUAGCUUACAAGGACUACGACCCAGACGAGUUCAGGUUGGCCAAUGAUCGAGACGUGCACAAAACUCGCACGCGUUCAUAGCCUCUCUAAGUUCUUAUCUAGAUCAUUCCAGAGUUUUAUUGAACGCAUGAAACAAAUUGUACAUUCCAUAAGGAUAUUAAUUGAAUCUCGUUUUGAGUACGGAUA